GGCGCUGGGCUCGAACCGGGGCUGCGGCGGCUCCGCCAGGUGGGGAUGGGCCGGCGCUCCUCGGACACGGAGGAGGAGGGCAGGAGCCGCAGGAAGAAGAAGCACCGGCGGCGCUCCUCCUCCAGCAGCUCCUCGGACAGCCGCGCCUACAGCCGCAAAAAGUCGGGCCGGAAAUCCAGGUCCAGGUCGCGCUCCCGGGAUCUCCCGUCCUGGUCCCACUCCUAUGAGAAAAGGCGCAGGCACAGAUCCAGCAGCAGCUCCUCCUACGGCUCCAGGAGGAAGCGCAGCCGCUCCCGGGGCAGAGGCAAAUCCUACAGAUCCCAAAGGUCCAGGUCAAAGAGCAGGACCAGGAGGUCGCGGUCGCGGGCACGGCAGCGCUCCUACAGCCGCAGCAGCGAGCGGUCCGGCCACAGGAGAACGCCCAGCGGGUCCCGGGAGCGCCGCAAGGGCAGGGACAAGGACAAGGACAAAGCCAAGGACAAGGGCAAAGGGAAGGAGAAGGAGAUCCACGGCACCAAGGCUGGGGACUCUGCAAACAUCAAAGCUGGAUUAGAACAUCUGACUCCUGCUGAACAGGCCAAGGCCAGGCUGCAGCUGGUUCUGGAGGCAGCUGCCAAAGCAGACGAAGCGUUGAAGGCCAAGGAGAGAAGUGAAGAAGAAGCCAAGAGAAGAAAGGAAGAAGACCAAGCCACCCUCCUGGACCAGGUGAAGCGAGUGAAGGAGAUCGAAGCCAUCGAGAGCGACGCCUUCGUCCCACAGACCUUCAGAUCCAGCAAAGAGGUCAAAAAGUCAGCAGAACCUGCUGAGCCCCACCAGGAGCCUGUGCAUGUGGGAGCAGGAGCCCCUGAGGCCGCUGCUGCUGAGAAGGAGCCUCCAGCUGCCAACAUCCCCACUGCCAUCAAGUACCAGGAUGACAAUUCCUUGGCACACCCAAACGUGAGUGUUUAUCCCAUCUUUUCAGCCGGGAUUUAUCCCACCCUUGGCUUCAGAGCAGCCCCUGGGAUGAGAGCAGGGUUGUGGGACCCCACAGCUCCUCACAAAAUCCCUGCUCUGGGAUGAAGAGAUCCCACUGCUCCCAGCACCCAGCAGAGCAGUCCCACAGGAGGUUCAGCAGGAGGUUUGGAGCUAUAAAUGAAUUUUGUAAUAAAU